GGGCUGUCUGCCUAAAGAGAAAUACCCCUCCAAGAUUCCCUAAAGAGCCACAUUUUUGCACAUUAGCCAAAGCUUCAAAACAGUUGAUCUUCUGGUUUCAGAGCGCAACAGUCCAGAAUGGAUGGCACUAAGUACAUGACUCCACUCCUGACUCAGACACACAAGAGGAUGGUGACCAAAGAUGGCCACAGCACCCUGCAAAUGGGCAAAGCCCCGGGAUCUUGCCUUGCCCGGCUCCAAGACGUGUGGGGACUCCUAAUAGACAUGCGAUGGCGAUGGAUGUUACUGAUCUUUUCUGCAUCGUUUGUGCUUCACUGGCUUGUCUUUGCAGUCUUCUGGUAUGUUCUGGCAGAGGUGAAUGGCGAUCUUGGGAUCAACCAUGACAAACCACCUGAAAACCACACUAUCUGUGUAAAAUACCUCACCAGUUUCACAGAUGCAUUCUGUUUCUCAGUGGAGACGCAGCUCACCAUUGGCUAUGGGACCAUGUACCCCAGUGGUGAAUGUCCCGGAGCAGUUUUCUUACUGGCCACCCAGAUGCUCCUGGGAAUCAUGCUGGAGGCCUUUAUCACAGGUGCCUUUGUGGCAAAGAUUGCCCGUCCAAAGAACAGAAUUUUCUGGAUCCGCUUUACUGACUUGGCAGUAGUAGCCCACAUAGAUGGCAAACCAAAUCUGAUCUUCAAAGUGGCAAACACUCAACAAACCCCACUCACCUGCGUCCGGGUUUCUGCUAUUCUCUACCAGGAGCGAGAAAAUAACCAAAUCUAUCAGACCAGUGUGGACUUGCACCUUGACAGUAUCAGCUCUGAGGAGUGUCCACUCUUCACCUUUCCAUUGACCUACUAUCACCCCAUUACACCCUCAAGCCCUCUAGCUGCUUUUCUCCAGCAUGAAAAUUCUGGACACUUUGAAUUAGUAGUUUUCCUCUCAGCUAUUCAUGAGGGCACAGGGGAAAUAUGCCAAAGGAGGACAUCCUACCUACCAUCAGAGAUCAUGAUGCAUCACUGUUUUGCCUCUCUGAUGACUCGAGGUUCCAAAGGGGAAUAUAUUAUCAAAAUGGAGAAUUUUGACAAAACUAUCCCUGAACUUCAAACUGCUAUAGUCCCUAAGAGCCCAAACAGGACUGACAUGGGAAUCAAUAUUAAUGGACAACACAUUGAUAACUUUCAGAUCUCUGAGACUGGGCUAGCAGAAUAGAUUCAGAACAUGGCUACAUUUUAAAAAUAUAUUAAACUACUUAACUGGAUGUGCAGCUGCUUUCCCCUCAUCAUUGCUCUCCCAUUAUCUUUUUCUUCAAUUACAGCAUGGUAUGCAAAGCAUGAUAUAUGACCACAUAAACUGAGACUAAUGGAUGAAUUAACUGCAGACACUCUAGUAACAUAGAAUCUGGGAAAGCAAUAAUUCUACCAGCUGAUUUCACUAAACUGAUCAAAGCUACAGUGACUGAAAGAAAAAUUAUACAGACUUCAUUUCUGUUGACAUUUAAAUGAGUUGAUAUUUUUUGUAAAAGGCAAUGAAUUCAAGAAAGUAACCUCCAAAAAAAAGAAAAAAGAAAGCCUACCCAUAGCAAUUCCAUUUAAAUCUAUAAAUUAAUGUAAUACAUAUAAUUCCAAUUUGAAGUAACUAUAUGAUGUAAAUUCUCCUUGGAUAUAAUGAUUAUGUUAUAUGAAUUAUCACACUUUUCACA